AUGUCCCGAGGAGCAUGUCCACGCGUGAACUGUUGCGGGCUCCUGUGGAGCGUAGUGGCGCUGCUCUUUGGCGCACACGUCUGUCACGUGCACGCCUAUAGCUGUCAUGAAGUGAGGACCGCUUUCCAGCUUCGCUCUGUCGGACCAGUGAACCGCGUUCCAGAGGCACCUGGCGUAGAUGUGGAUCUACUGCUCUGCAAGCAUCCGGGACUGUCCUGCUGCACUCGGAAAAUGGAGGAGAGUUACCUGAUUGCUGUCAAACGAGAGACGCUUCACAACAUCCAGUCUUACAGCUAUGAGCUCGAACACCUCUUCUCAGGCCACGCCGAUGCCUUUCAGGACAUGUUCCAGUACCUUCUCUCCUUCUCGCAAGGACACCUGAGUUCUCUGCUGGAGGGUACAUACCCCACCUUGUCCCGCCAUGCUCUGCCCCAUGUAAACCAGCUCUUCUCCUCUCUGUCCCGUCAUCUGCGUGGGGCCAAUGUCUCAGUAGAAGCAGCAGUCCACCAGUUUUUCAACAACCUUUUUCCACUUGUCUACACUCAGCUUAUCAACCCUGGCCUGGACAGAGAGCUUGUGUGGAGAGAGAUGGGAGACUGUCUGCGAAUGAUCAGACAAGACGUUAACCCGUUUGGACCUCACCCUGCAGUGAUGGCUCAGGAGCUGGCUGGAGCUCUGGGUGCAGGGAAACAUCUGGGACUGGCUCUUGCUGAAGGUCUGGAGGUCUUGAAUGCCACUGAACACAUCAUCUUGAGCAAAGAGUGUGUGAAGGCUUUAGUUAGGAUGGUGUACUGCUCGCAUUGCAGAGGCCUGACCUUGAUCAAACCUUGUGAUGGCUUCUGUCUCAACGUGAUGCGCGGGUGCUUAGCCAGUGUGUCGGAGCUGGACCAGCCCUGGAGAAGAUACACCACUCUGUUGGAGCAGCUCACACACGCCAUGGCCAACCAGCACAGCAUGGAGCUGGCUCUGCUGGGGGUGCGGACGCAUGUCAGCGAGGCUCUUCUGUAUGCACAGCUCCACGGCCCAGUCAUCACACCCACAGUGGACAAGGUGUGUGGCCUGUCUGUGAGAGAGCACUCUGGCAUUAAGCCGACACACUCAGAGGUCACCACCUCCAGUAUGAACCUGUCUACUGCCGCCCCGUCUGCUUCCCAGCCGCUAUCAGAGCAGUCGCUGGCCAAGUUAGCUCACUUACGAAGCUCGCUCCCCCUGAAACCCUCCAAGAACAAUAAACAUGAUCUGAGAACAUUGUCUAGAGAGUUCCUGACCUACAUGCGCCGGUACCGGCCGUUUUUUGUGGUGCUGCCAGAGCUGCUGUGUGAGCGGGAGAACGGGAUCGGUGACUCCACGUGCUGGAGCGGAGAUGAUGUUGUGGAAAGCUACACACGCAGAGUGGUUGGAAACGGGCUGCCUGCUCAGAGGCAAAAUCCCGAGGUUAAAGUCCGCACGCCUGAUCCUGGAUUAUCGGCGGUCAAGGAAAGACUCGAUCGCUUCUGCCAGGAGACUCACGAGAGGUUCCCGAAUCUGGGUCAGAUAGAAGCCUGGGACGAGCUGGCCAGUGGAGAGGUGGAGGAGGGCAGCACGGACUGUGAUGACGAGGACGGAUGUCAAGCGUCCGGAGAGGGGCCGGACAGGACAUCUCAUCCAGACAUCCUGAGUGAAGGCAAGUCUUUGGGGAGCCAGCCGGGCGGAGACAGGCUGUACGUCAAGCCCAUCAAGCCCACCUCUGUGAUGGUGAUCGGGGGCUCGGCGACGUCUUUGCGCCCCCGACCGUGGAUCUUUGCACUGCUCUACGUCGCACUUUGCACACUGUUGACCUUAUGCCAGCUGUGA